CUCGUUACAACUCACGUGAAGAGGACGAACAGCACGCAAGCGCCGCCUAUCACCAGUCACGGUCAUGAUUUCUGUUCUUCUUUUUUUUUUUUUUAAUCCUUUUUUUAUACUUGAAAGAUAGAAGAGCUAUUGUCGCCUGCUACAAGAAUCUUGUGCAGUGGUUAUAGAACUUGAAACAAUGGAAGAAGGCUGGACUAGACUCUAUGAGGUUUCUCGUUUCUCUAUAAAACCUGAAAAGUUAAAGUGUAUGUCGCUUACACAACUCUGACCAGUUACUGUCGAGCGACGUAGUAUGUUACAUUGAAACUGAAUCAUUUAGCUAUUAUAGGAAAUUAUAACGGACGUGAAGAGUUAGAAGAUAUAUGAAUAUUAAUACAAAGAAUUUUAUUAAAUUUUAUUAAUAAAACCUGUCACAUGAAAACAGCCAGGGAAAGAAGAUUUAGGAUCUAAGGAGGAGAUUUAAAGAAAGGGAUAUUUAUUGUUCGAAAACUUUUAAUAAAAGAACUAAACCAGAACCUACUGAAUAACUGGGGACGGCGCUAACAUCGCGACCAUUUGUGUAUUAUUAGAAAGCAAAUGACGGGCCUAGACUAAGCAUCACUACGUAAAGCCCUGUGGAUAGUUCGAAGUGUGAUGCAUAUGAAUUCAAGCUUUGAGAAAUCACAUCUGGCGAUGACCAGGUCAGUGAUGAUUCAACAUAAACUGGAACAUUCUCUAUCAGAGCUGACCAAGGAUACUGACAAAAUGGACAUGUCCAGCGCUUUCCGGGUCGUCCUGGCGCCCCCCGAGCGAGAACUGUUGGCUUCAAGACUCUUGAAGUUGUCUAAUGUCGUAGACGGAACCCGAAACACUUCAAGCUUUUGCAGAAAUCCAUUUGAUGUCCUAAACCAGGUCCAGCGUGCUCGAAACGAGGCAACAACGACCUAUUUUGGUAUCUCACGCUCCAGAGCUGAAGUGGACACGCCUCAGAAUGUAGACAGCCUUGAGGGCAGUCCAAAAGGACGCCAUGACAAGGAUUAUAGUGACGACAAUUGCUCUCCCAGAAUGCACUUCGACGAUCUUCCGAAGCAGACGCGUGACAUCACCGGCAACCAAGCGAAGUGUGAGACUUCCUGUAUCUUUAGACCCUGGGAAAUUAAAGACUCAACCAAGACAAACAACGAAAUCAAUAUGAAUCACGACAAUGAAGCCUCUCCCAAACAGCUCAUGCUGGCAUCAACUGCAUCUGCAUCAUCCUCCAGCCGAUCAGAUACCUCAUCACCACAGUCAUCCCCUAGGUCCACUGCAUCCAUGUUACCUUUCUCACCGCCAUUACCCGUGUCUCCAGAAGCAUACGACAAGUCCAGCAUAGCCAGGUAUUAUCUGUAUGCUGGAGCCAAGCAAAACUUCGGUUGGCCAGACAUCACUUCCGGUUUCAACUUCAACCUGGGUGCAGCAGACUUUGGUCAGAUGUCCCGCUAUUUCUGCCACCCUAGAAAGGAUCUCCUGUUCUCAGAGUCACCCUGGCAAAAGUGCUCUUCCUACCUGAGCGCCAACGACUACCACCUGAAAAAGGCGCGUCACGAUUCGUCUGCUGACUUUUACUUAAGGCGGGAAGAUGAGUUUUUACGACGCAACAGUCCGCUUGGGCGGAAGACGACAUUCUUAACAUCUCUUGGUGCGCUCUCAGAGUUCACUUCAUCCUUCAGACCGGACGCCGCAGUAGCAUCGUCCCUGGGUAACAGCAUGACAUCAACCUACCAGUGCGGCCAAUGCCAGAAGCCGUUCAGCACCCCCCACGGCUUGGAAGUUCACGUCAGACGCGCCCAUGCAGGAUCAAGACCUUUUGCUUGCAAUGUGUGUAACAAGACCUUUGGCCACUCUGUCAGCCUGGACCAGCACAGGAGCAUCCACAGCCAGGAGCGCAGCUUCGAGUGCCACCAGUGCGGUAAAACCUUCAAGAGGUCCUCCACCCUCAGCACCCACCUUCUCAUCCACAGCGACACCCGCCCCUACCCGUGCCCGUAUUGCGGGAAACGCUUCCACCAAAAGUCGGACAUGAAGAAACACACGUACAUACACACAGGUGAAAAACCCCACAAGUGCCAGCAGUGUGGAAAGGCCUUCAGCCAGUCCUCGAACCUGAUCACCCACAGCCGAAAGCACACCGGGUUCAAACCUUUCGCCUGCGGUCAGUGCGGGAGGGCGUUUCAGCGAAAAGUGGACCUGCGACGCCACUUCGAGACCCAGCACGCAAUGGGUGGCAUGGUGUUGAAAGAGAUGGAAAUAGACCCAGUGAAUGGGGUUUGAGCCCUCAGUACACGCGGUAAUCAAGGAUGCUCUCGUGAAGGAUAGACACUCUAUAUGGCUUCUCAAAGUCUAACCAAUGUUGGAGAUUCCUACGAUAAACACAAACAAUGUCAAGAACGCUUUAUGUUUCCAACUAAAUACAAACAAAAUUGAGCUUUAAACGGAAGAGCCUGAAAAAUGCGUUUGUGCAGUGCUAAAAAGUGUAGAAAAAUUAUAUUAUAUAAUAUAUUUGAAAAACCUAGCUUAUAAACAUUACUUUUAUUCUGUACACGGAUACACCACCAAGCAAGCUAUUUAUAGUUGUUGUUUUUUUCGCCAUAAUUAAAGCUACACAUUAGAGAAAAAAACAACUUUUUGCACUUGUAAAUGUGCUACAAAUAAACAACAUUUUCGGAAGGAGGCCACGAAAUUCUGUUUUAUUUCUGUAAAAAAACAAACAAACUUUUUGGCCGAUGUUUUGAUGGCUAAAGCUGGCUUCUAGUUAGUAAUUAGUCACAACGGACAAUGCUGAUUGCUAAAGCUGGCUUCUAGUGAAUAACGAGUCACAACGGACAAUGAUGAUUGCUAAAGCUGGCUUCUAGUAAGUAACUAGUCACAACGGACAAUGCUGAUUGCUAAAGCUGGACAACGAUGGCCAGAAACUUUUUAUGGUCAAACUAAUACAAACGGGUUCACAUAUUACAAUGUCUCAAUUUCAAUGUCAAAUAUGGGUCUACACACAGUAUCAAUGUCAUAUCAACUGUUCAUAGCAUUGUGCAAUUUAUAUAUUUAUUUGGUGUAUUUUGAGGAUUAUUAAUAAUAUCAUGUAUUUAUUAAAAUCGUCUUUUGAUCUCGAUUUUGUACAUAUUUGUCAGCUUUGAAAAUAUGCGAUAUUUAGAAACCACUUUUGAAUCAAAUAGUAAGUCACCCUUAUAUAAAACCUUCCAACACUUUCCUAUUCGGUACAAAUGUAUGGCAGUGUAAAACACUCCACCACGUUUGAAUUAUAUAGUAAAUCACUCUUAUAUUAAACACUCCAACACUUUUGAAUCAAAUAGUAAAUCACUAUUAUAUUAAUCACUCCAACACUUUUAAAUCAAAUACUUAAUCUCUCUUAUAUUUAACACUCCAACACUUUUGAAUGAAAUAGUAAAUCACUCUUAUAUUAAACACUCCAACACUUUUGAAUCAAAUAGUAAAUCACUCUUAUAUUAAACACUCCAACACUUUUGAAUCAAAUAGUAAAUCACUCUUAUAUUAAACACUCCAACACUUUUGAAUCAAAUAGUAAAUCACUCUUAUAUUAAACACUCCAAUACUUUUGAAUCAAAUAGUAAAUCACUCUUAUAUUAAACACUCCAACACUUUUGCUAUUAAACAAUACAAUAUAUGUCUAUUCUGCAAAAUAAUAU